AUCCAUUCAUUUUGAAAUCUGCACAAGCACCCGUCUGCAUGAUCCCCAGACACAGCCGGCUACACCAGCCAGCUGUUGGAUUAUUGCCACAGCACUAUCUCAUCGGGGAAGGCGUGUCACUCCCCGAAUUACUCAGCGCCCCUUUGUCCUCGGUCGGUGCCCAGCCAGCGACACUCAUGGCGGCUGCACCCGUCAGGCAGCGCUCCGGGUCGGGGGGACCCCGGGCGCAGCUCCCGCCAUGCUACUACGAAGGCUACCUGGAGAAGCGAGGACCGAAAGAAAAGGCAUCCAGGCGACUGUGGACGUGUCUGUGUGGGAAUUCUUUGUAUUUCUUCAAUAAUGCCAAGGACGCUCAUUUUGUGGAGAAGAUGGACCUCGGUGGGUUUGUUUCCUUGAAGGACGACUGCAGCCGAGACAGAAACCUGGAGGCAGCCAGACUCAUCCUGCGUAUGAAGGAUGGAGAGACCAAACUCACAGCACCUAACUUGGAAUCGAGGGAGCUGUGGAAAGGUUUCCUCUACUCCGUUAUAGAUUUGAAUGUCCCGUCCUGUCUUACGCUGCUGCCAGGCCAGCUGCAGAUGCUGAAGGAGGUGGUGGACAAAGAAAGGUCCAGGAGGAGAACUCGCACUCCCACACGUGCUCCUCCUUCGCCCCUCUCCGUGCCUUUAGUGGGAGAGAUCCCACCGUGUUUUCGCCCGGUUUCUCGAACUGAGGCUGAAGUCCUAUUAGAGAGACACCCAGACUGUGGCAACAUGUUACUCCGUCCAGGUAGAGACGGAUGCUCACUGGCUGUCACUACUCGGCAGGACCUGAACGGGUCAGUGUUCAGACAUUACCGGGUGACUCAGAGGGACCAAGGUGGUUAUGUCAUUGAUGUAGAAAAUCCUAUUCCAUGUGCUGACCUUCACGAGGUCAUCGACGCUCUGGUAGAGAAGACAGCAGGAACUCUACAGCCUUUUCUACUGGAGGAGCCUUACGAAGAGAAUAUCACAUACGUUUCCGCCAAUGAUGAGAAUGGAGAAAGGAUCCUCCACACAGCCCCCUCCAGCCCCCUACCAAAGGCUCCUGCCCUGCCUCCAAAACAAGAUCGUUGGCCCAGCAGCCCCCUCUCCAGGUCUCCCGCACCCGACCGCCGUAUCCUGACCUCACCAGUGCCGGCCUCGCCCACCAACCCGAUGAGACGACUCAUCCUCUCCCCUUCACCUCUCGCACAGACACUCAAUGAGGAGCUCAAAAUGAAGCUGGAGAAGAGACGAGCUAGUCAAGAGUGACUUACUCAUAAAGAACAACCUCCUAUCACAACAUCUUCAGUGCCAAACCCCUUCUCACCGCAGCUAUGUAUUCAUCCUGUGCCUUCUAGGUGGAAGACAAGGGACUACAAAUACCGCCACUUUCUCGUAAGGAGAUUCAAAAUUCUCUGAGUUUCAUUCUUUUGGUCUUUGCUACAUGGUUGUUGGACUCUGAUUAAAUGAACUCUGAUUAGCUCCUUAAGAGCAAGACUGACUGGUUAACACUGGAUUAGGUUCAUAAAACCUGCCUUGGUUGGGGUAACAAUGCACUAGUGCUUUGUCCACUUGCAUAAAGCUGUUUACAAACUGCCUCUGAGCAGAAAAUAGUGCUAUAAAUAAUGACUUUCCUAAAGAGUAAAGUCUACAAAAACACUGAAUCAAUGUGACUGGCAGCUAAGAUCUAUCGGAGAUGCACUGACACGUGCUAGACCACCAACUGAGCCUGAUAUUUUCUGAGCCUCUGUCUGAGCUGCUGAUAUUGCUGCUGCUGCAACACUGGAGACCAAGAACAAACAAACAAACUGUCCUGAGACCUGAGUCGCUUCAUCUGCUCUGAGAGUGAAAUAACCUCAGGUUUCAGCUCAGCAAUUCUCCUCAUUCAACUCAUUACACGUACGAUGACUGAAACAACAGAAGAACGUUGUGAGCUGGCCAGACAAUGAAAAAUGCACAAUCUCUGCCUGCUGCUUUUGAGUGCUAUUUGGGAUUGAUGAGCAACCAUUAAUGUAUUGUUGAUUCAAUGACACUGUUUAUGCCUCAACUUUAACUGUACUGUCGGUGCUUAUUUUAAAAUGUCUCCUUGUUCUCUGCUACUGUGUACGUGCUACUGUAUGGUGCUAUGACUCACCAGUGCUCAGACCUGCCUGGAAACUCCAGGUGAUUUCUGUUCCUCUUCAAGAAAAUCAAUCUACUGUAUUCAUAUGUGAGGCUGCCCUCUAGUGGAAUGGCUGUCAACUAAAGGGAACAGACACAUUAGCAGCACACUGUCUUUAGGUGUUAACACAAGUACUUUGGGUGUGAGCAAACACUUGGCAUGGACCAACCCUUUUGUGUUGCAGACUGAACUUGGCUUUUGAAUUUAUCCCAGUAUUACACCACACCCUACCUCGCUACCUUUAAUAACGAAGUCAUAAUUUAUUACAGAUCUGAAUAACAACAAGUAUUUUAUGACUGUCAUUUAGCCGGUCCUUGCAGGUUUGAAGUGUCUGAGUUCUAGUGACAAACUGUGAUCAAGUGUCUUCUUAUGAUGAACAGUUUCUUGUAUGUUUGUACAUGAUGUGUUGUCAAAAGAAAGAAUAGUGUUUCUUAGAUAUUAAGGCCAUCAAAUUGUUUUGCAUGGAUGUGAUUUGUCCUCGUUGUGAAUUGAUAGCUUGUGCUUUCUCAAACGUGCGCCAUUUAUUUGUUUAUUUUUUGUCCGGCUGGUUGGACCCAGUCAUUGAUUGAUGAUGGAUGAAAUUUAAUGAGAUUAUAUAAUGUUGGAAUUAAUCAGUACUAUGAGUGGAUGAUUAGAGAGGAUGCUUCACAAUCUGUCCUGUUUUUAAUAAUAACCAACUCUUAAUGUUUAGCACAGAAAGACAGAAGAAAAGUUAAAAUUCUUUACAAUUUUUAUAUACAGUUUAACAUAGACAUUGGUGUAUUUUUCUUCAUGGUCUCAGUAAAUACAUUUAUGUUGGAAAUCAACUGUUUCUCCGUGUUUUACCAAAAAGGAUUAGAUGAGACAAGGAAAAGUGUGGUGUUUGGUGGCCUUUCCUCUACUACUACUAGUGGAAACUUAAAAUAUCAGUACCAAUACAAAUUUCUCUUUGUUGAUCUGCAAAAUUACCAUCAUAUUUUUCACAUCGGGAUGGGCUAAUCCACAUUUUUCUUUUUCAUGUGUGUAUCCACUCUUUUUCUUUUCUCUUGAUUUGUGAUAAAUGAAAAACAAACAAACAAUGACAAUAAUGUAGGGACUACAGAGCCCAGAUGUGUCUGAUGUGGUCUGUCAAAGGUGUAG